AUGGGAGCAACUUUGUUUGUGCAGCCGUUAGACUUGUUGAAAACUCGCAUGCAGUUGAGUGGCGAGGGAGGAAAUCAACGAGACCACAAGUCUUCUUUGCACGCUCUGAGAACCAUCGUUAGACAAGAAGGUGUGCUCGGACUAUACUCUGGGUUGACGGCCAAUCUGUUCAGGCAGGCGACCUACACAACCUGCCGAAUGGGGAUAUAUCAAGUCACAUUGGAUAGCUUGAAAAAGUAUGGUUACCAAGAAAAUCUGCCUACUCAGAUAGUAGCUGGGCUCGUCGGUGGCUUUGCAGCUGCCUUUGUAGCCACACCAUCAGAUGUGGCUCUAGUACGAAUGACAGCCGAUGGGCGCCUACCCGCAUAUGAACGGCGGAAUUACAAGAAUAUAUUCGAUGCUUUGAGACGAAUUGCCCUAGAGGAGGGUAGGAAGGGUGUGUUUGCUGGACUUCAACCUACAAUUCUUCGGGCAAUGGUGGCAAACACGGCACAACUAGUUAGUUACAGUCAGGCAAAACAGAUUCUCCUAAGUAAUGGGUACUUCGGAGACAAUAUCAAGUGCCAUUUUGUGAGCAGCCUUUUUUCGGGCCUUGUAUAUGCAACCACAACAUGUCCUUUGGACGUCGCAAAGACCAGGAUGCAGUAUAUGCAGACAACGACGGGAGAUGUGAUGUAUAACAACAUAGGAGACGCAUUGGCUAAAACAGUCCAGAAAGAGGGUGUGACCGCCCUGUGGAAGGGGUUCGGUCCUCUCUACACACGCUGCGCACCCCACACUGUCCUGCUCUUGAUAUUCUCCGAACAGCUUACCUCUUUAUACUCUCACCACAUUGUUGACAAUAAUUAAAACUAUCUGUAUCAGUGUACUGUACUCCUAACUCCUGCUUUCCAAAACUUAUGUA